UGAAGAACAAAUUCAUUCCUUUUGAUUGAAAAAUCAAAGAUUUUGAGAAAAUUAAGAAAUCCUUCUUUGUUGCAACUCCACUCAACUUUUUGCUGAAAUGCAGUGUUCUUCCAGAUUCCUCAUUGGAAUCUCAGAGCGCCUCAACUUCUCUACUUCUCUCCAAUCCCAAAUGCCUCCUCAAUCCUUCCUCAAAUCCCCAUUUGAUUCAGCAGCCUACAUAGAACUCCUUAAAUCAUUCUCCUCAUCCUUUUCCCUUAUCCAUGGUAAGUCCAUUCAUGCCCAUUUGAUCAAAUCUCAACCCAAACCAUGCCUUUUCCUUCAGAACAAUCUUCUCAACAUGUACUGCAAAUGUGGUGAUAUGGUAAGUGCCCGCCACCUAUUUGAUGUAAUGCCUAAGAGAGAUGUUGUGUCCUGGAACUCGAUUGUUUCUGGUUAUUUCCAAAUUGGUCUUUGUUAUGAUUCUUUUGAUGUGUUUAUUACGAUGAGGCAUUGUGAUGUUGUGCUUGAUAAGUUUAGUUAUGCUAGUGCUCUCAGUGUGUGUGCUAGGAUGAGGGAGGUGAAUGUGGGGAAGAUGGUUCAUGGAUUGAUUGUGGUUUGUGGGUUGUCAAAGCUUGCUUUUUUGACAAAUUCGCUUAUGGACAUGUACUCUAAAUGUGGUGAUUUGGAUCGGGCUUGGCGUGUGUUUGAUUCUUCGGAUGAGUUGGAUGAUGUUUCAUGGAAUUCGUUGAUUUCGGCUUUUGUUCGGAUUGGUUUGAUUGAGGAGACGCAGAGAUUUUUUGCUCGAAUGCAUCGAGCGGGAGUGAAAAUGAAUUCUUUUGCUCUUGGUAGUGUUCUUAAGGCUUGUUCAAGUUUUGGUGGUUCGAAAGAACUUGGGAAAGUGAUACAUGGAUGUGUGGUUAGAGUUGGAUUGGACUCGGAUGUUUUCGUGGGAAGUGCAAUGCUUGACUUGUAUGCGAAGAAGGGACUACUGGAUGAGGCUGUGAAGGUUUUCAAACUCAUACCUGAUCCGAAUGUUGUUGUGUUCAAUGCCAUGAUUGCUGGUUUCAGUCGAAUGGAUACAGAAAUUGAUAACAUGGUCACUUGUGAAGCAUUACAUCUGUUUUGCGAAAUGCUCAGGAGGGGAAUGCUGCCAUCAAAGUUCACAUUCUCUAGUAUUCUGAGAGCUUGCAACUUGACUGAAUCUUUUGAAUUAGGGAAGCAAAUCCAUGGACUAAUUUUCAAAUACCAUCUACAGUACGAAGAGUUCAUAGGGAGUGCACUGAUUGACUUAUAUUCAAAGGCGCAUUCUAUAGAGGAUGGUUUCAGAUGUUUCCAUUCUAGUCCAAAACAAGACAUUGUCACCUGGACAUCGAUGAUUUCAGCAUGUGUGGAGAAUGAGCAAUUUGAGAGGGCUCUGAGCCUGUUUAAUGAGUUACUCAACGAUGGAAGAAAGCCGGAUCAAUUCACUAUUUCAAGUGUGAUGAGCGCUUGUGCAAACCUGGCUGUUGCUCGGUCAGGAGAGCAAAUACAAAGUUAUGCCACAAAGUCAGGGUUCAGUGCAUUCACCAUUUGUGCUAAUGCGCAGAUAUUCAUGUAUGCUGGCUCAGGUGACAUUGAUGCUGCUAAUCAGACUUUUAAAGAGUUGCAAACUUGUGAUGUUGUCUCAUGGUCUGCAAUGAUCUCCAGUCAUGCAAAACAUGGUUGUGCAACCGAUGCUCUGCUGCUCUUUCAGGAGAUGGAGCAUCGCAAAGUUGUUCCAAACCACAUCACAUUCCUCGGUGUUCUCACUGCUUGUAGCCAUGGAGGACUUGUCGAUGAAGGUUUCAGGUACUUUGAAAGCAUGAAAAAAGAAUACGGAAUUCAUCCAAAUGUGAAACAUUGUGCUUGCAUGGUUGACCUCCUUGGUCGAGCCGGGAGAUUAAACGAUGCAGAGAACUUCAUAUCAGAGUCAGGAUUCGGUGACGAUCCCGUUCUUUGGCGAGCCUUAUUGAGUUCUUGUAGAAUUCACAAGAACACAGAAACAGGUGCCCGUGUUGCAGAACGUGUCAUCGAGCUGGAUCCUAAUGCUUCCGCAUCAUAUGUUCUUCUCUACAACAUGUACUUGGAUGCUGGAAACGAGUCAUUGGCAUUAAGGACAAGAGAUUUGAUGAAAGCACAUGGAGUGAAGAAGGAACCAGGUCUUAGUUGGAUCGAGAUAGGAGCAUCGGUUCAUAAUUUCGUUGUCGGUGAUAAAUCUCAUCCCAAGAGUGAUGCAAUAUAUUCAAAAUUAAAUGAAAUGCUUUCAAGAAUAGAAAGAGUUGAUGAUCAUAAGGAUGAUACAUUGGAGUUUGAAGACAUACAGUUGGAACAUAAAGAGAGUAUGUUUAACUGUCACAGUGAGAAGUUAGCAGUUGCACUUGGUGUUCUUCUUCUGCCAAAGUCUGCUCCCAUACGUGUCAUGAAGAAUUUGAGAAUUUGUGCUGAUUGCCACACAACAAUGAAGUUGUUUUCAAGGAAUGAAAGAAGAGAAAUUGUUGUCAGAGAUGCUAUUCGGUUUCAUCGCUUUAAAAAUGGCUCUUGUUCUUGCAAGGAUUAUUGGUAACAAUGUGAGCGCAUAUUUUUUUGGGGUAUGAGUAGUGAUUGUAUGCAGGUGAUCCCAACAACUAUGUAUAUGCGGGCCAUAUCUCUAUUUACUCUA